AUGGAGAAUGACGAAGGAGACCGGGGCCUAAGCACCACUCUGCUGCCACUGGGGAGGGGGGGACCCGGCUGGCUGGCUGGCUGGUGGGGACUCCUCUGCUGCUGCUGCUGCUGCUGCUGCUGGUGGUGGAUAGUGGGGGCAGCUAGGACCACAGCUGGGCGCUGGCUGCGACCACUAGUGGCGGGGACUGCUGCUGGCUACUGGCUGCAGCUGGCGCAGGCGAGGACCGCUGCUGGCUGCUGGCAUAGACCGCUGCUGGCUGCCAGUGGUGACCGCUGCUGGCUGCCGGCGGGGACCUCUGCUGGCGAGGACCGCCGCUGGCAGAGACCGCUGCUGGCUGCUUCCUGCUGCGUGCUGGCUGGACUGACGCACGCCGACAGGCUGGCUGACUGGCUGGCUGGCUGGCUGGCUGGCUGGCUGGCACCUGCAACACCUAUCACUUCGAUCGUGGGGGCAGCUAGGACCACAGCUGGCCGCUGGCUGCGACCACUGGUGGCGGGGACUGCUGCUGGCUACUGGCUGCAGCUGGCGCAGGCGAGGACCGCUGCUGGCUGCUGGCAUAGACCGCUGCUGGCUGCCAGUGGGGACCGCUGCUGGCUGCCGGCGGGGACCUCUGCUGGCGAGGACCGCCGCUGGCAGAGACCGCUGCUGGCUGCUGCCUGCUGCGUGCUGGCUGGACUGACGCACGCCGACAGGCUGGCUGACUGGCUGGCUGGCUGGCUGGCUGGCUGGCAGGCUGGCUUUCACCUGCAACACCUAUCACUUCGAUCGGUACCAGAAUAG